AUGGCAGACAUCGCCCACAUCUCGGGCCUCGUCGCCACAGGGCAGCAUCCGGCGCCGUUCGAGCACUGCGACGUGGUGACCACCACCACCCACAAGUCGCUGCGCGGCCCCCGGGCUGGCAUGAUCUUCUUCAAGUACUCGGACGCCAUCCCCGACAUCAAGGAGCGCAUCGACAUGGCCGUCUUCCCAGGCCUGCAGGGCGGGCCGCACAACCACCAGAUUGGUGCGCUGGCGGCACAGCUGCUCGAGGUGGCCACGCCCGAGUUCAAGGAGUACUCGAAGGCCGUGGUCGCCAACUCGCAGACCCUGGCCAAGACCCUGCAGGACAAGGGCCACAAGCUCGCCAGCGACGGCACGGACAACCACCUGGUCCUGUGGGACCUGCGCCCCCACGGCCUCACGGGCUCCAAGCUGGAGAAGGUCUGCGAGGGCGCGUCCAUCUCGCUCAACCGCAACGCGGUGCACGGCGACGCCUCCGCGCUCUCGCCGGGCGGCGUGCGCAUCGGCUCCCCCGCGAUGACCACGCGCGGCUGCACCGCGGACGACUUCGUGAAGAUUGCGGGCUUCCUGGACAGGUGCUGCCAGAUCGCCCUGAAGAUCCAGGCUGAGAAGGGCAAGAAGCUGAAGGACUUCGAGGCUGGCCUCGCGGGCAACGCCGACAUCGCGGCGCUGAGGAAGGAGGUGCACGCGUUCGCCUCCAGCUUCGGCUAUCCCGGCCUCUGA